AUGCUUACCAACAUCCCCCGUUCCUCGCUCCGCGCGGGCGGCCUUCACGUCAGCAGGGUCUCUGCAGUGAGGAGUCCAGUCCAUGCGAAACCGGCACCAACGAAGGCGAGCCAUUAUGGCCAGACUCGCGGUUUCCGCUUCCGACCCUGGUCUAAUUACCUGGAUGCCGAGUUCCAGCGUCAGCUGCGACAGCGUCAGCACGCUGCCGGUUACAAAUACAUGGAAUCGAUAAAUCGGAAGCUUUCGUGGGACCCCAGCAUGCGUGGUGAAGAUUCAAGAAUAGUGAUGAAGAAGAUGAUGGCGCAGUGCUGGAUCAGACACUGUCAUACCCACUCUAAAGGAAAAUACGUGAACGACAGCAAAGUAAAGUCUGGAUCCGACGAUGCCUCUGGAGCCCGGCCUGGCCAGAAUAUUGAGGAUGUCGAGCGCAGCGCCAUAAAUGCCCUAUUCACUGGAAAGCGCACCAGUUCCUACGAAUAUGACUUGUGGCAAUCCCCUCUGCAGAACAUUCGCAACUAUUUGGGUAACCAGACUCGGGGCAAGUCGACAACGUCUGCCAGCCGGAGUGAAGAAUCCGAAAUUGAUCCAAUCACAAACCGAAAGGUCCAGUCAAUGUCGGCUCCAGAGUCAGUCUUUGACAACUCGUCCAAGGCGGCCCAUGAGCCUUAUUUUGAGGACGGGCCACCUCCGGCCGAAGAACUUAAGCAAUACGACCAAGUUCCACUUGAUGGUACCCCAUGGGCAGACGCUGGGUCCAGUGGAGAGACUCCACAGUAUGCGGAUCUCGACAAGUACAAACCAGUCAUGGAUCAGAAGCUCGACGCUGAACAACUUUCAGAAGAGCCAAAGUAUGAUGACUUGGAUAAAUACAAGCCGGUUGGCCUCAGGGACUUCAUUGAAGACACAGAGUCAGAACCCAAGUAUGAAGACCUCCAUAAAUAUGCCAACCCAUCAAUCACGGAGGGGCCACCAGAAGAGCUCUCCCAGCCGGCGUAUGAGGAUCUUGACAAGUACCGCCCCGUUAUGCACAACGAGAAUGCAGAGGUUCCAGCAGCAAACGAAAAAUAUGAAGACCUGGGUAAAUACGGCCCAGUCAUGCACAACGAAAAGGCAAUUGCUGAGGGUGCGGAUGCGAGAUCGUCCUACGAUGACCUCCACAAAUAUGGCCCGAGCGGCUUCAACGAACCCGAAGGCGCGCGCCCUCUAAGCGACGAGGAAAAGUCAAAAGACUAUGAUGAUCUCCACAAGUAUGGACCCAUGGGCUACAACGAGCCUCACGGGGAACCCCCGGUUCACCCUGAGGAAGCCUCAAAGGCUUACACUGACUUGGAUCGCUAUGGUCCUAUGGCGUAUCGUGAGCCGCACGGUCAAGCCCCAGUACACCCGGAAGAAGCCUCAAAGGUGUACACGGAUCUAGGAAAGUACGAGCCAGUUGGGUGGAAUGAGCCUCAUGGGAAACCGCCUGUACACCCUGAGGAGGCCGCGAAGCAAUACAAAGACCUGGGUACAUAUGGCCCAGUGGCUUUCAAGAGAGGCGAUGGUCAGCUACCGGAGAGUGUGAUUGCUCCAAUCGCACCGGAAGAUAUGGCCAAUCACAAACCGAUCCAGUAUGAUGAACCUGAAAAUCAACGACCCAAGCCAGAUUGGGACCAAACAACUUUUGACGAGGCCAAGAAAUACCAAUCUUAUCGGUAUAAUGAGCCUGAUGGCCAGCCCAUCGAACAAAUCGACCCUGUUUCUAAAGGUCUAAGUGAUUUCGACGCGGAACUUGCUGCCAAGGCGAACCGACGUAUUUUGAAUACCUAUGUGACUGAACAAGAAAGAGCUGACGACUUGGACCUGCUCCGCGCUAGCGACGUUCGGGCCAAAAUCCCGACUUCUUCUGGCCAGUCUCGCAGAGGCUACAGCACUACUAACAGACAAAUGCUCGAGGCUGACCUUCCUCGCUACGAAGUGAACUGGGAUAUAUCUAGCAAGGCAGCUCGUGUGAGCCUGCGCAAAGCCAAAAGCAAGGCGUGGGAGAACCUUCAACCUAAAGAAGAUUUGAUCGGAAACUACGUCAGAGACUUUCCAGAAGAUUUCUCUGGAUCAUGGAGUAAGGUCAUGACAGAGAGUCUAAGAGCAGAGGAUAGCAAGUAUCAAGCUCCUCAAGGUGAUGAGGUCGAGGCUGCUUCCUUUGAUGAAAGCUUUCCGCGAUUGGAGCCUGCGUUGAACAGGUCCUCCGCGUUUAAGUCGCAAGCUUGGGUUGCAGGAAAGCAGGGUCUCUCGGACCCUUACUCAACAGAGCCACAAGGACUUGAAAUAAGCUACUCUGAGGAGUGCAAUGGCAGACAAACUUGGCCUGCUUACGUCCGUUCAUACGGCACAGUGGCAGAUGCCACCGCCGGUUCCAUGUCUUCGGCACAAGAGGCAGUUGCCGCUGCGAAGUCAGAGGGUGUAGUAUCAUCCACGGCCAAGGAACCUCUUCGCGAGCCUGUCGUCUAUAGGAUUCUAGCCUACGACCCCACUAUGCAGGCCAUCAACACAGCUGAGACGACAUCCGUUGUUCCGGACAGCGCAACGCCACUGACACCGGCCGAGGUUCUUCUCCGUCUGUCGAACCCCACCAAAUUUUUCCCUUACUUUAGCCCUCUCCAGAAGGAAGGUUAUGAAAUCGUCUCCGGAAGCGGAGACGUCCUGGUUUUCCGCAAGGUUCGUGAGGCAGAGGUGGCCUCUGGGGAGCAGACCACUGCCCCUUAUGCCCCUACGAUCGAAAAGCCAACAACCUACCAGGCGCCAAAGGUGAACCCCAUCGACAUGAUGGGGAGCGACCCCGUAGUACCAAGCGCUUACUCUUCCAGUCCUACAGGCUACCUCAACUAUGAUUACCCCGGAGCAGAAGCGGAGAACAAGCCUCCACCCCCCUUCAGCUCGCUGAGUAGACAAGACACGAUUUCUUGCGACAGCCAAGACUUCAAGCCUUCUCAGCGGCCGAAGAAGAGCAGGGCGAAGAGGAUGAUCUUGGGCGCUGCUUGGGUGGGUGGUAUUUCUUACGCUAUCGGUGUGGUUGGAGAAUAUUUUAAGACGGGGGGCAGCGAUGGGCGAGGUCCGAAGGGGCUGUAG